AUGCUGAUCGACACUGCGCUCGGCAAGUUGGCCACCGCCACCAUCGUCGUCACCGCCGACCUGUCGUCGCCCAUCGACGCUGCUUCGGCCAUCGAGCUGCCCUCUCCCGAGGCCGCCGCGCCCGAGCUCGGUCGAGUCCGGCCCCACCUCAUCCCCGCCCGCCCCUCGAUCUGUAUCAGAGCACCUUGCCUCAAGCGCAACAGGUCCUCGCCCGUGCCGGCGAAUGCCACCCUGGACUUUGCCGUCGACGCUCCGCCUCAUGCUCUCGAGGCUCACGGUCCAGGCAGCCCCGGCCCGACCGGCGGCACCCGCAGCGUGUCGUGCUCGGAGCCGCCGCGCCACGUCCAUUUCGACGACUCGCCGCCGCAGCAGUUCUCGGUCCACUCUGGCGAAAAGUACGACCGCCGCCCGAUUGAGUGCACCCAGGGCGGCUCCGAGUACGACAUGAGCCUCCCGCCCCGCUGCACCUCCUACGACGGCGAAGACGACGCCGACGAAGCCGCCAGCCCCACGCUGGCCAGCCGCGGGGAAAGGGACACCGUCGGCCAGCUGCACAGCUCGGCGCUCGACGAGAUCAAGAAUGGCACCUACCCGACGCCGUCGAUGCACGCGCAGCCGGGCACCAACCAGGGCGGCCUCACCGUGUGCGGCAAAAGCAUCCACUCGUCGCUCUACAGCUCCUUGGAAGGUGGCACCCUCUUCAGGCCUUCGACGAUCUCGCUGGGUGCGGAGCCCACGGCCUCGGCACCGGCCAAUGCGGCCAACCAGGUGCAGCUGCCCGUCCACGGGUUCCGCUCGUUCGGUGGGCUGUCAAAGGGGCUCUCGGCACGUCCCGCGGCGGGCGACGUCGAUGCGGCGGCGGCCGCCGUCACCUCGAUGCCGACUCCCCGCGCUGCCAUUCCGGCCCUGGUCAGCGUGCUGUCGCCCGACGCGACCCCGAUGCCCAGUCCGAGCCUGACGGGCCCCUUUUCCCAAGGCUUGCUCGGCAACAGCGCCAGUGUCGACGUCGGUAGCGGCGAGGGCGGCUACUUUGGGCUGAGCGAAGUGGCAGUCGGCCGCAUCGAGGCUGAGCGCCCCUGCCGGUCGGCCCUUGCCCCCUCAUCGCUGGCCCCCACACCCAGCCUGGAACGCAGGCGCAGCUCCGAGGAGGACCUGCGACAUCUGAGCUUGGAGGCGGUCCAGAGCCCGGGCCCCCGAUCGACGGGCGCGAUGCCGCCAAGCGGCGCCUGCGAGGCUCAGGCGGCGCAGCACCCACGCCCACCUUCGCUUCUGAUGGGGCCGCAAGAGCCGGAAGCGGUGCGCGCCGACGAGCAAACCGGUCGGAUACAGCCUCUGGAGUCUCACGGCCAGAGACCAAGCCUGGUCGCCACGUGGCCCACCGGUCUGGGCUUCUCCUCGCCCAUUUCAUCGCGCUGCUCGUCGGUCGAUCCUUGGAGCUCGCUGAGCAGCGACGGUGACGCCGACGGCACCGAUAGUCCAGGCAACGAGGUCAGCUGGAUCAGCAGCAGCUGCACCAGCCCAGAGCUGGGACCCUACGACCGGGUCGGCGAGCUGGGCGGGCUUGGCGGCGGUGCCCUUGGCGCCGGCCGCGACAAGCUGAGUCCGUCGUCGUCGCUCUCGGCCUGGCUCAGCUGCGGCAGGGUGUCGCCGGGCGACGUGUCACCUGCCCUCGGCGGAGCGGGCCAUUCCCCGCGAUACGCGACGGCGGAGAGCGAUGCGGACGCGCACGACGACACCAAGUUCUCGUCGUCGCUCGAGACGGUCAGCGCGCUGCACACGGCCCGGUCGACGAUGCUGUCGCUCCACCUGGCGGACCAGUCGCACGGCAGCGACUCGUUUGUCUCGGCGUCCGAGAGCGGGACGCCGGACACGUCGAGGCGGCCCAGCCUGCAGCACUAUGAGCUCGAGGCGCUGCAGCUGUCUGCGCGCGUCAAGGGGCGCAAGGCGCAGCACGCGGCGCUCGCGGCGGCCGUCGACGAGGAGGGCGUGGUCAAGACGCGGACGCGCUCCAGCUCCAAGGACGGCACGCUGGUGCGCAAGCCCAAGUCGUCGAACCUGUCGCUCUCGGGCGUCGAGGCAGGCGGCGGCGGCGGCGGCGGCGAGCAGCUGCCGACCAAGUGCACCUGCGACGAGAAGCGAGAGCGCGAGCUGCUGCGCAAGCGGCUGCGCAAGGAGCGCGAGGUGGAGCGCGAGAGGGACCGCGAGUGGGAGCGGGAUCAGGCGCGCGGCCGGCAGCGCCGGCUGUUUGGCGAUAGCUUCGAGGGCGGCGAGGGGAGCUGCCUGUCGGCCCUCGACGGCUUCUGA